AUGCUUGCUACAGCUCAUGGUUCGAAUCGUUAUACAAAAUCAAGAAUGUUUGAAAAUAAAUGGAUGGAUAAUGAUAAUAAUAAACGAAUAUCAUGGUUAAACUAUGUUACAAUUCAAACAAUUCCAGAAGAAACUGAUACUAUUGAUUGUCCAAUACAUAAUUAUAAUGAUAGUGAUAGUGAUAAUGAUAGUUUUUCAUCAUCAUUAUCGUCAUCAAUGGAAGAUUGUUAUGUUGUUUUUGAAGUUCAACGAUCUCGUUCAAUUGAUGAAACAAAAGAUAUCAUAGAAGAACAAUUAAAUUUUGCUCAAAUUAAUGAUGAUGAACAUCAUAUAGAAUAUGAUCAAAUGGCUCAAUUAAUUCUAAUCGAGAUGCCUUUAAAAGAACAUGCUAUUGAACGUCGAACAGAAUCAAUAGCUACUACACAAUUAUCUAAUAAUAUUCUUAUUGAUAAACCAAAAAUAUUUGAUAAAUCUAUUUCGGUAUCACACAAUUGUAUAAAAUUAAAAACUAUAGAACAUCAUUCAUUAUCAAUGUCAUCAAAAACAAUAUGUGAACAACAAUCAAUAAAUCAUAGUUAUUCAAUAGAAAGUCUUGAUUCAAUUGAAAAUGAUUUAUCAAAACAACCACGAAUAUUUACAACAUUUGCUCAUUUAUCAUUACAACGUAAAUCAAAACCUAUUCAUAUACAACAUGAAAAAUCAACUAUGGAAACAAGAACAUUAACACGUAGAUUUGCAUUCGAUCAUAUAUAUACGGAUAAAUGUACACGUGUUAAUAAUGAAAAAAUUAUUAAUAUUGAAAUAAACAAUAAAGAUGAAACAAUUCGUCCAUUUUAUUUGAAUAAUACAUUAAAUAAUAAUAAUAAUAAUAAUAAUAAUAUUAAUAAUUAUUCUUCAAUAUCAAAUAGUGUUACGAAAACAUCUCCAUCGCUUCGUUUACUUAAAAAUCGUUCUCGAACUGUCAGAUCCGAAUGUCGCUUACCUGAUAACGGCAUUAAACCUACUGAAUCUUCAUUAUUUCGAGUGAAAUAUCUUGAUGGAAGACAUACAUUAGCAGAUCGUCAUACUCGAGAAUCAUUAGAAAAAUCUCAAUUUUUAUCAGGUUCAAUUUCGUCUCGAACGAGUUUAUCAAAAAUAUUCUCACCAGAUGAUAUACCAACAAAUUCAUCGCUUCGAAAACGAAUAGUACAUCGUUUUCAAAAUUUUUUUAAAUUUAAUUCAACUGAAAAAUCAAGACCAUGGCAACACAAGACAAUAUUCGAACUUUUUAAUGAAAGAAAAACUAAAACUGAUCGUCAUUAA